GCGUUGUAUCAACGGUUACGUAUAUCAAAAGGUUAACUGGCUCCAGGUAACAUUGAAUGCCCAAUUAUUAAUGGAUCAUACGUCUGGAGUCAAUGAAGGUUAGAAAUUGUGUGACGGUGCUUAACAACGCACAUCAUAACAUAACAAUUGUUUAUCAGAAUUUGAUUUUAUGGACUGCUGUCAACUGUUUGUUUUUUUAUCUUUGUUGUUGAAGAACGACUGUAAUUUCGUGUCAUUGUUUGACUUACUAACAAUCACCUGACUGAACUGUAGUAACAUCAACAUUUAAUCCCCUGUCCGUUGCUUGGUUACGCCUGUUUACUGAGUGGAAUGGUUUGUUCUUGUUAAAUUUACAAACUUUUAAAAAGUGAACAAAAUAUUACGUGUUAAGAAGGAUAUCACACGUCAAAAAUGAAAUCGGAAAAUGCUAGGUGUUGCACAUGUAAAGGCAGAAAAGGAAUGUCCCCCUCUCCAUCCUUAGAAGAUUUCGAGGUGUUAAGAAUUUUGGGAGUUGGCGGAUGGGGUACAGUGUAUCUUGUCCGUAAGAAGAAUGGUGUUCACCGAGGAAGAUUGUUUGCAAUGAAAGAACUGCCAAGGCAAUUGGAUGUGGAAACGUGGAUGGGUGAUUCAAUGUUCAAGAAUUAUAUGGAACUGUGUAAAACAGAGCGUAACGUGUGUGAAAGAGUACGUAAUGCCCCAUUUUUGGUCACAUCUUAUUGCACUUUUGAGACAGAAGAUAAUCUGUAUCUGGUGAUGGAGUACAUGGAAGGUGGAGACUUGUACACAUUUUUAAUGAAGCGAAUUACCCUUACAGAAGAUGAGGUUAGAUUUUAUCUCGCUGAAAUUAUCCUGGCUGUAGAGAAGCUGCAUGAGAUGGGAGUCAUACAUCGUGAUCUGAAACCAGAUAACAUCCUGAUGGAUUCUAGUGGUCAUAUUGCAAUUGCAGACUAUGGGUUAUGUAAGGAGAUUCCUCAUCAUGGGAAGGACAAACGUGCAUAUACAGUGUGUGGGACUAAUUUAUAUAUGGCACCUGAAGUGAUCAAGGGCAUGGGAUAUAGCAAGGCUGUCGACUGGUGGAGUACGGGCAUAAUAGCGUACGAGAUGCUGUUUGGAUUCACACCUUUUGAGGUUGAAGGAGAAGCGAUUCAUAAGUUCACAAACUUUCGUAUACUGAAACAGAGAAUAAGAAUUCCACAACAAUAUUCCCCAGAAGUAACAGAUUUUAUAAGAAAAUUAUUAAGGAAGGAUCCCAAGAGACGGUUAGGUGGAGGGAGAGAUGAUGCUGUGGAGAUCAAGAGGCAUCCCUUCUUUGCUGGCAUCAACUGGACAGACAUAGCACAGAAAACUGUACCUGUGCCAUACAUGCCACUGCUUGUUAAUGAGAACACUACCAGCAUCAGUCAGGACCUUUCAGACACGGAGCUUUUCCAUCAGACAGAAGUCUCUCAGUCGAUGAGUGACAAAUCUUUAGAGUCUGGAAAAUGCCAACAUUCUCCUGCACCUACGCAGAAUUCAUCAACAUUAUCAGUGAUGCCAGCAGCAAGGGCAUCGCAUGGAUCAGCUGUAGAAGAGACUUCCUCAUUAGCUUGUACAUCAAACACUGCACCAAGGAUGGAAUCUACCAGACUGUCACACAAGAGAAAGCGGGAUAGUGAGUCACAAGGGUCCAUUACAUCAUCUGAGAGAAAUUGUCGUGUCAAACCUUCAAGUAGCAUGACAUUGACACAGAACGUGGAUCUUACUAAACAGACACCACAUAGAAAAAAGUGUCCAAGUGAUGAGGAAAAAUCAUCAUCUACUGAAACAGUACAGCCACUUAUGGACCACAUGACACCAAUAAGAUCAGCUGUAGCAGAGGAUCACUCAGCAGCCUGUACAUCAAACACUCCACUGAAUAUAGAAUCCACAUUGUCAUUUGAGAAGCAUUGUUCUGUCAAGUCUUCAUGUAGCAUGACAUUGACACAGAAGGUGCAUACUUCUGAACAAAGAUCACAUAAGAGAGAGUGCCCAAGUGAUGAGAAAACAUCACCAUCUACUGAAACAGUUCAGCCACACACGGAUCACAUGGAAUCACAUGGAUCAGCUGUAGCAGAAGAUUCAUCUGCAGCAUGUACAUCAAACACUCCGCUGAAUAUAGAAUCCACAUUGUCAUUUGAGAAGCAUUGUUCUGUCAAGUCUUCAUGUAGCAUGACAUUGACACAGAAGGUGCAUAUUUCUGAACAAAGAUCACAUAAGAGAGAGUGCCCAAGUGAUGAGAAAACAUCACCAUCUACUGAAACAGUUCAGCCACACAUGGAUCACAUGGAAUCACAUGAAUCAGCUGUAGCAGAAGAUUCAUCUGCAGCAUGUACAUCAAACAUUCCACUGAAUAUAGAAGCCGUAUUAUCGUUUAAGAGGCACUGUCCUGUCAGAUCUUCAUGUAGCAUGACGUUAACACAGAAGGUGCAUAUCUCUAAACAAAAACCAGGUAAAAGAAAGUGUCCAUGUGAUGAGGAAAAAUCAGCAUCUACUGAAACAGUGCAGCCACACACGGAUCACAUGGAUCAGCUGUAAGAGAAGAUCCGACUGCAGCCUGUUCAUCAAACACAGCAGCGAAUACGGAAUAGAAAUUAUCGUUUAAGAGGCACUGUCCUGUCAGAUCUUCAUGUAGCAUGACACUGACACAGAAUAUGGAUCUUUCUGAACAUAGACCACAUAGAAGAAAAGAUCCAAGUGAUGAAGAAAAAUCACCAGCUACUUAAACAGUGCAGUCAUACCGACUGUCUGAAAAAUGAAGGAAGUUGAACUAGAUGCCCAUUUUACUGUAUAACUACAGCUUUUGGGAAUAACCUGAAUAGAAUUUUAGCAAACACUGCAAAUUCCGUGUAAGAUUUGAGGUUUUCACAGCGGUGAGUAUGAAGAUUUCUGUCUUCUGGGUUGUUGCGACGUGUAGUAUGGUCGAUACUGCCGCCUCCUGGUUUCUAUAUCACAAACCAUUUCUUCACGCAAGGCAUAUUCGUCGCCCUGAUGACAGAGGCAGUAUGACCUCAGAAAUGUUGGUUAACAUUGACCAGACUACACAGCGCAACAACCCAGAAGACAGAAAUCUUCACUGCAAAUUCUAUCUUCAAGAUGAAUGUCUUUGGGGAGAUUUGGCAGAACUAGGUGGUGAAUGGUAGGGACCAUGGUGAAUGUAAAGAUGACAAUCUUCUGGGAUGUUGUGCCAUGUAUUCUGGUAGAAACUGAUUAACUUUAUAGGCAUGACUACUGCCUGCAUUAUAAAAGCUAUCAGUAAGCCAUAGAAAAUAUGGAUACAGGUCUGGGAUGCAAGGAAGGGAAGAUGUAGCCCUCAUCAGGGCUGAACUGGGACUUUCAGGGAACAUCACAGAAAGCACAGUUCAUAUUUUAAAAUCCAUGAUCAUGUUGUCUAAGCACCUGGACUUUGCAGAGAUAUUGCUGGUGUUCUGAAGUUGAAUUUAAUAGCCCACGCUUAAAUUGUGCUUGGCCCCGGUCGGUUUGUCUGCAUGUUCCAGAUGUAUGUGUCAUUGAUGUUCCUUGACCCUAGAUGGGUUGAAAGCCUAUCAGAUCUGCUGGUUUCUAUAGCUUUUCUGCCCAAAAGUGGCUCAUCCAUUUUCAAUAACCUCAUACAGAUUACCCUGUCUCCAUUUCAUCACCCACCAGUGCCCUUCCAACAUUUCCAAUCUGUUACAAGUUUACUGACAUUUCAGAGGUGCUUGCUGCCUCUGUCGUCAUGGCGAUGAUUAUGCCUCGCAUGAAGAAAUGGUUUGUGAUAUAGAAACCAGCCUUGAACAGACCAGUGAGGAAGGUGAGCACUGGGCGAGGGCAGAUGAUAGAGUAGGAGGAAGGAGAUAUAUCACAGCCUGGCUAGGUAUGUUUGUGGAAGGGGAGGAUAUGUAUAAAGAGAGAGAUAAAAGAAAUAACCCUUAUCAGGGCCCAUUGGGGAACAGAAGAAAUAUCACCAGACAUAAGGAUAUGAGGGUAGAUGGAAGGAGGAUAAGGAAAUGAAGUAUAAAGGGGAGAAAAAUAGAGAUGUGGACUAAAUAAUCAAACUUACCAUUCCCCCCCCCAAUUUGGCCUGGUUGUGGUAAGCCCUGCCU